GUUUGACUUUGCCACUCGCUCCGCUUUGUGUUUGCUUCUCGAAAGGGGAACCUCCAGUCCUCGACUUGAUUCGAUUCAAUUCGAUUCGAUCCGCCCACCUCAGUUCCACGGCGGUGUUCUCAGUGGCUUGCUGUCUCCAUAAUCGACCCAUUAGGCUUGGAUCGUUACCAUGCGGCAUCUGGUGCUUUUGGCCGUAAUUUUCGUGGCUCUGGUCUUGGCCAAGCCAGCUACGGAGGCGCCUCGUCUGCUGAUCGAUUCGGCGCCAUCGGUGGUCUCCUAUCAGGGAUCCUCGCAGGCACAGACCCGAUUUGUCAUCGCACCCAUGGGUCGGUCGUUGGGCUAUGUGGAACCCACCAAUCUCAAUCGAACCUUCCACACGAAGGCCACGCAGGAGAACGGAACCACGGGCUACGAGCAGCUCAACCUGAGUCCCGUCUAUGUGCCCAACAGUUAGGCAACGAAGUGGUGUAGAUUAAGCUAGUUAAAUGUGUGAAUAAAGGCUGCGUUACAACAGUA